AUGCAGUGCCGGCACAGCCUGACGCGCGCGGGGAAGGGAAGGCACAGGCCGCGCGCGCGGAGUCCGCCGAUGAACACCACGACGUCUUUCCCUGUUCCGUGGGUUCGCGCGUCCUCUGUCGCCGUCUUCGCCGCGCAGCUCCUCGGAUACGUCGCGCUGUCGUCGAUCGUCGAGUUCGCGUACUACCACAGACGCCGCGGCGACGAGACGUCGUGGAAGUGUCAGCCGCGCGCGAUCCGACCGGGAGACGGCGACGGCGACGGCGACGCGCAUCGCCGCGGCAGCUCCCGCAAGAAAUACGCGUGGGGUCUGCCGCUGCUUGACCUCUUCGCGUCUUCGUCGUCGUCGUCGUCGUCGUCGUCGCGCGGACGGCAUCCAAAGCACGCGACGUUCGCGUCCUUGAACCUGCUCGUCAGCGCGCUCUUCGCGGGCGCGACCGCGGAGGCGACCGCGCGAGGGCACUCAUCGCUCACGUCGUGGACCGCUCCGCCGCUGACGUCGCUCGUCGCGCUCGUCAAGAUAAUCCUCUGGCAGUCCGUCCUCGAAUACUACUGGCACCGAGCGAUGCACGCACCGCGCCUGUACAAGAGGUUGCACAAGUACCAUCAUCAUUACAAGUCGCCGCGGCCGUUUGACGAUCUGUUCAUCCACCCACUGGAGGCGGCGGGAUACUGCGCGAUAUUGUACUCGUCCGCGUUUGUGUGCGGUGAAGUGCCGAUCGCGAGUUUUCUCGCGUACAUGGCAAUCAUGGGCGUGUGCGGGAUAAUCGAUCAUUGCGGCGUGCGGUUCCGCGUUGGUUUUGGUUUUGGUUUCGGCGAGAGAAACGGUUGCGGCGACGGCGACGGCGAGAAAAAAUCCAUAUCCAAAACCAUAACCGAAACCACGGGUGCGGAUAUAGGGGUGGAGGUGUACGCGUCGCGGUUCCACGACUUACAUCACGAGCGCUUCGAUGUCAACUACGCGUUUCCGUUCGCGUUCAUGGACGCGUUGCACGGAACCUUCGCGGAGUCGUGAGGUUCUCCGACAAGCCGACUACGAUAGAACGCGCAUAUAUUUGAAUAUACACGAGCGUGGGGUACGAUA